AUGAUGGUCUUGCAUCUAAUCGCAUCCAUCCUUCUCAGUGUUGUGCUCUUUGCAUCCUCUCCAAUUCAAGCAAAUCCCGUGCUUGCACUUGACCGUUAUCCAAUGUGGGUUUAUGAUGAUGAUGGAUUGAACUCCGGCACUCAGUUGAUGCGCCCGAAGAAAUGGACAAGGCUCGAGCCAAGCAUCCGAUUUGGUGGAGUGGUCAAUCCCUAUCUCUUCUGA